AUGGUUUCCUUCACUACUGUCCUCCUAGCCGCCGCCACUGCCAUGAGCGCAGCAGCGCACUCAGUUGAAGAGUCUGAGACCAUCAAGAAGAUCCCCACCAUCCUCUCCAAACGUCAAGGCCUGGCGACGGGUCAAGGCACAUCAAAUGGCUGGUUCUACUCCUGGUGGGCCGACACCACUGGCUCGCACGUUUACAACAACGGUGCAGGUGGCUCUUACGAUAUUACCUGGUCUGGCUCUGGUAAUCUUGUAGGCGGGAAGGGAUAUCGGACUGGUGCUGCUCGCACCAUAACCUACUCCGCCUCCUUCAACCCCACAAACAACGGCAACGCCUACCUGACCGUCUACGGCUGGACACGCUCUCCCCUCAUCGAGUACUACAUUCUCGAAAACAUCGGCGAAUACAACCCCUGCAGUGGCAAGACCAUCCUUGGCACAGUGUCGAGUGAUGGGGGUGUAUAUGAUGUUUGCAAGAAUACCCGCAGGAACGCGCCGAGUAUCGACGGGACUGCGACGUUUGAGCAGUUCAUUAGUGUGAGGAGGAGUAAGAGGUCGAGCGGAAGUGUGACGACGGGGAACCAUUUUGAGAAGUGGGAGCAGCUUGGGUUGACGUUGGGGACGAGUUUUAAUUAUCAGAUUAUGGCGGUUGAGGGGUAUCAUAGUGCGGGUUCUGCGAGUGUGACUGUGUCUUGA